AUGCGGGGCCCGGCGCUGGGGCUGGCGCUGGGGCUGGGGCUGCUGCUCGGCGCGGCGCGGCUGGCGUGCGGGCAGAACGAGACGGAGCCCAUCGUGCUGGAGGGCAAGUGCCUCGUGGUGUGCGACUCCAACCCCACCUCCGACCCCACGGGCACGGCGCUGGGCAUCUCCGUGCGCUCCGGCAGCGCCAAGGUCGCCUUCUCCGCCAUCCGCAGCACCAACCACGAGCCCUCCGAGAUGAGCAACCGCACCAUGAUCAUCUACUUCGACCAGGUACUAGUGAACAUCGGCAGCAACUUCGACUCGGAGAGGAGCACUUUCAUAUCGCCCCGGAAAGGGAUUUACAGCUUCAAUUUUCACGUGGUGAAAGUGUACAACAGGCAAACUAUCCAGGUGAGUUUGAUGCUGAACGGGUGGCCAGUGAUUUCUGCCUUUGCAGGGGACCAAGAUGUGACCCGAGAAGCUGCUAGCAAUGGAGUCCUGAUUCAGAUGGAGAAAGGAGACAGAGCAUAUCUAAAACUGGAGAGAGGAAACUUGAUGGGAGGCUGGAAGUAUUCAACGUUCUCUGGAUUUCUAGUGUUCCCGCUUUAAAUAACUUCUCAUCUGAGCAGAGGGAAAGCAGCAAGACAGUUUCUUAUGAUUUCCUGAAUUGUAGCUGGGUUUAAAGAGCUGUGGACAGCAGACUUUUUACAUUCAAAUAAUAAAGAAGCUAAAUCCUGCUUAGGUUUGUGUACAUCUGCUUUGAAGAAUUACUACUUAU